UCAUUGCGCUCAACAGUCAGUUGCUGUCUAGGGUACGGAAGGCCAGGAGAAACUCUGGAAACAAGUCCGGACCCGACACUCGCGGUCGGCUUUCGGUUGAAAAGCUAGAAACACGUUUUUCUUUUUUUUUUGUAUGGGAGUCGUUGGUGCAUUGUUUUGUCUACUACGGCUUAAAGAGAGGAACUCCGUCGAAAUGAAGUUUCUUGUCAUCUUACUGGUCCUACCGGCGGUACUUGCCGGUGGUGAUAUAGAACAACAAGCUGAUGUGUGCAAACCUAAUCCCUGUCUGAACGAUUGGCAGUGCACCAGAAAUGCCGAUGGCUACACAUGUUCUUGUCAAGAUGGCUUUAUAGGAGUAAAUUGUGAGACUGAAUCUGAACUUGGUAGAGUGAUUCGAUUGGUUGGGCCAGAGACCAAUGUGGGUCGUGUGGAGGUGAGACAAGAUGGUGACUGGGGAACUGUCUGUGGCGAUAGCUGGGACAUGAAUGAUGCUCAAGUGGUCUGCAGACAGCUGGGCUUCACUAAUGGGGCUGGGAGAGUUUCAUUGAGCGCCGAAUUUGGCCAAGGUGUGGGUGAAAUCUUCCUGGAUAAUGUUGAGUGCACAGGCUCUGAGAGCACAAUUUCAGAGUGUCCAAAUGCAGGAUGGGGAGUUUCAAACUGCGACCACUUGGAAGACGCAGGCGUUGUUUGUAUACCAGAUGAAGAGCCUGAUGUGACAGUACGACUUGUUGGGAGUGGGAAUGACAAUGAAGGGCGUGUGGAAGUCUACUACCAAGGUGAAUGGGGUACCGUCUGUGACGAUAGAUGGGAUGAUACCGAUGCCAACGUCGUCUGUAAGCAGCUUGGGUUUGAGAGAGCCGUAGAGGCCAUCAGUGGUGCUGGGUUCGGGGAAGGGACCGGAUCCAUUCUGCUGGAUGACGUGGCCUGUACCGAAGAUGAUUUGAGGCUGGAAGACUGUCAGAGCCGUGGAUGGAGAGUGGAAAAUUGUGGUCAUGGUGAAGACGCUGGCGUGGUUUGUGCUGGUGCUGGUGGUGGUGCUGGUAGUGGUGAUGGUGAAUCUGAACUUGGUAGAGUGAUUCGAUUGGUUGGGCCAGAGACCAAUGUGGGUCGUGUGGAGGUGAGACAAGAUGGCGACUGGGGAACUGUCUGUGGCGAUAGCUGGGACAUGAAUGAUGCUCAAGUGGUCUGCAGACAGCUGGGCUUCACUAAUGGGGCUGGGAGAGUUUCAUUGAGCGCCGAAUUUGGCCAAGGUGUGGGUAAAAUCUUCCUGGAUAAUGUUGAGUGCACAGGCUCUGAGAGCACAAUUACAGAGUGUCCAAAUGCAGGAUGGGGAGUUUCAAACUGUGACCACUUGGAAGACGCAGGCGUUGUUUGUAUACCAGAUGAAGAGCCUGAUGUGACAGUACGACUUGUUGGGAGUGGGUAUGACAAUGAAGGGCGUGUGGAAGUCUACUACCAAGGUGAAUGGGGUACCGUCUGUGACGAUGACUGGGAUGAUACCGAUGCCAAUGUCGUCUGUAAGCAGCUUGGGUUUGAGAGAGCCGUAGAGGCCAUCAGUGGUGCUGGGUUCGGGGAAGGGACGGGACCCAUCCUGCUGGAUGACGUGGCCUGUACCGAAGAUGAUUUGAGGCUGGAGGACUGUCGGAGCAGUGGAUGGAGAGUGGAAAAUUGUGGCCAUGGUGAAGACGCUGGCGUGGUUUGUGUUGAUGAGCCUGUUGAGGGCAGUGAGGGCGAUGUUCGGCUGGUUGGGCCAUCUCCCAACUAUGGGCGUGUGGAGGUCCAACAUGACGGUGUCUGGGGAACUGUCUGUGAUGAUAACUGGGACAUGAAUGAUGCUGAAGUGGUCUGCAGACAGCUGGGCUUCACUAACGGAGCUGGGAGAGCAGUCACGAAUGCUGAAUUUGGUGAAGGUGUGGAUCCAAUCCUCUUGGACGAAGUUGAGUGUGUCAACACGGAGAGUAGGCUUGUAGAUUGCCCUAAUGCAGGAUGGGGAACUACUGACUGCAGUCACUAUGAGGAUGCAGGGCUUGUUUGUUUGCCCAACGAAGAGCCUGAUGUGACAGUACGACUUGUUGGUGGUGAGAAUGACAAGGAAGGGCGCGUGGAAGUCUACUACCAAGGUGAAUGGGGUACCGUCUGUGACGAUGAAUGGGAUGAUACCGAUGCCAACGUCGUCUGUAAGCAGCUUGGAUUUACAGGUGCUGUAGAGGCUGCUAGUGGAGCUCGGUUUGGAGCAGGUACAGGACGAAUCCUUCUGGAUGAUGUGUCCUGCACAGAAGAGGACACCAGACUGGAAGACUGUGGAAACAGAGGUUGGGGGGAGCAAAAUUGUGGGCACAGUGAGGACGCUGGUGUGGUCUGUGCUGAUACUGAUGAGCCUGUUGAGGGCAGUGAGGGCGAUGUUCGGCUGGUUGGGCCAUCUCCCAACUAUGGGCGUGUGGAGGUCCAACAUGACGGUGUCUGGGGAACUGUCUGUGAUGAUAACUGGGACAUGAAUGAUGCUGAAGUGGUCUGCAGACAGCUGGGCUUCACUAACGGAGCUGGGAGAGCAGUCACGAAUGCUGAAUUUGGUGAAGGUGUGGAUCCAAUCCUCUUGGACGAAGUUGAGUGUGUCAACACGGAGAGCAGGCUUGUAGAUUGCCCUAAUGCAGGAUGGGGAACUACCGACUGCAGUCACUAUGAGGAUGCAGGGGUUGUUUGUUUGCCCAACGAAGAGCCUGAUGUGACAGUACGACUUGUUGGUGGUGAGAAUGACAAGGAAGGGCGCGUGGAAGUCUACUACCAAGGUGAAUGGGGUACCGUCUGUGAUGAUGAAUGGGAUGAUACCGAUGCCAACGUCGUCUGUAAGCAGCUUGGGUUUACAGGUGCUGUAGAGGCUGCUAGUGGAGCUCGGUUUGGAGAAGGUAUAGGACCAAUCCUUCUGGAUGACGUGUCCUGCACAGAAGAGGAAACCAGACUGGAAGACUGUGGAAACAGAGGUUGGGGAGUGCAAAAUUGUGGGCACAGUGAGGACGCUGGAGUGGUUUGUGCUGAUACUGAACCACCUGCCAGCGAAGGUGAUAUCCGUCUGGUUGGUGGAGCGACAGAGAAAGAGGGACGCGUGGAGGUCUACAAGGAUGGCAGAUGGGGAACGGUCUGUGACAACGACUGGGAUCUAGGAGGUGCCUUUGUAGCAUGCAGCCAGCUGGGCUACCCCAUCCCACAGAGAGCCUUCAUUGGUUCCCACUUCCAGGUGACGGAGCAACUCCCGUUCAAUCUGGACAAGGUGCGCUGUUUUGGCGAUGAGCAACGCCUGGUGGAUUGCAUCGCUACCACCACUGACAUCACUUGCACCGAGGACCAGACCGCAGGAGUUCGCUGUGCCUCCUUUUUAGUGGGCCCUUGAGUACCGAUUGCGCCCAUUUGAAUUCCCUACGGUUGAUUUGCUUGAAAUGUUGCCAUGACCUCAUUGUAAUUAUUGCCUCAUUUUGAAAGGUCGACUGCUUUUGAUCACUGUCAGGAGGAUUUGUACCAAGUGUAAUCCCAAUUAAUCAUAAACAGGCAUGUACAAAUUGUGUGAUUCAAACAAACUGGGCACACUGACUCUAAUCAUGGAGGAAUUACCUCAGAUUUUUAGCAUUAAGUGUUAAGUUCUAGAUAUGUCGUAAUGUGUGGAUUAUGCAUCAAGUGUACUUUAUGUUGUUUUGCACUGUUGCACUUCCAGUUCUAAAUUACAUACCAUGUCUCAAGCGGAUGAAAUUAAACUGUCUGUAUAUGAAUAUUAUUUUGUUGGGAACUUAGAGGAAGAUUUCAGAUGACUAGUUAUGUGAUUUCGUAAGACUGUUUUCUUUUUUUUCGUGUUUUUCGUUUUGUGUUUGGCUCUGAAACUUCAUUCUCCCUCUCUUACUAAAAUCUUUUAAGCUUUUCUUGAAUUUUGAAAAUGUUCUUGAAUUAUGUAAAUGUUCUCGACAUAUGUUAAUCCUGCAUUCAUGUAACACGUGUUCAUUUUCUUUUUACGCUUGCUUGUUUUUCAAGACUUUAAAGCUAAUCACAGGUAUUGAAAUCUUUAACAUGUUUAAUUAAUGAAGGUUUGCGGAAACACCAUGUGCGAAUAAUUUCUC